UGGUCAUAGUCGAGGUGAUGUUCGCUCCCACACGGAGCUCUUAGCUGCUCUACGCCUCUUUAAAAAAUCUUUAUAAAACACAGCUCUGUGCGUCAUUACCAUUUCUAAAUUUAUAUUCGACGACCAGUGUGUCCGGUUGCACAGCUGGUGUGUGUCAUAAACAGCAUAGACAGCCAUGGCAUCAGCAAACCUUACUCUGGAAAACCAGCUGCAUAGUGCCCAGAACAACCUGCUCUUCCUUCAACAGGACCAUGCAAACACACUAAAGGGCCUGCAUACAGAGAUUCGCAGAUUGCAGCAACAAUGCACUGAGCUGACGUACGAGCUGACCAUGAGAAGUGGCGAUUCCUCAGACAGUGGGGAGGUCCGCUGCAGGGAGCUACAGAGGCGCUGUGAGGAGCUGGAAGCUCAGCUAAAGAAGAAGGAGGAAGAGAACACAGAGCUGUUGAGGGACCUGGAGCAGAAGAAUGCCAUGAUCUCAGUCCUGGAGAACACCAUCAAGGAAAGGGAGAAGAAGUACCUGGAGGAGCUGAAGAUGAAGAGCCACAAAUUGGCAGUUUUGUCCGGGGAGCUGGAGCAAAGAGCGAGCACCAUCGCUUACCUCACCUCGCAGCUUCACGCCACCAAAAAGAAGUUGUUAGCCGGCACCCCCUCUGAGGCCACCCCCAGCGUGAGCCCCAUCGCCUCAUAUAAGCCCACGCCUCCUCCGACCAAGGAGAAGCAGCCAGAAACCCCGCGCCGGCGCAUGAAGAAGAGCCUCUCUCAGCCUCUUCACCCAGAGCUGACGGAGGUUUACCGGCUUGGCCCAGAUGGUAGGCGGCUGAUUCUGCGUGAGAUGGUGGACGCCAUGCCAGAUCCGACACCGUUCCUGCAAGCGGGGAGAGAGUCUCCAGAACCGCUGUUACUACGGGACCGGCUGCCAGUCAUCCCCCCUAUUGUCUCAGACCGCUCCUCCCUCCCGCCGGUAGGUGCUUCAGCCAGCCCUCAUCACAGCCCUGCCCGGAAUCCUCAGUGCAGGGCUCAUGUGGGAGUGGCCCACCGCAUCGCCCAUGGAACCGCCCCACCAAGUCUGCCCCAAGCAGACGUGGAAACUCUGGCAGUGGAUCAGGUCAAUGAGGAGAAAGUUGUGCGGAGGCGCUCAGGAGCUGAUAGGACAGUUUAACAGUGCAGUGGAAAGGCACACGUACAGUCGGGUCCAUAAAUAUCUGGACAUCAGCAACGUUAUUCUCCUUCGAGCUGUCUGCCGCAGUGUGUUGGAAUUAAAAGCAACUAAUCAAGUUCAGACUUUCGGCUUUAACAUGACAGUAUUUACGUCUCAAAACAAGUUGGUGAUAUGUGCACGCCUCCUGUUUAUUAGGCAUGAGACAGUGCAACCCCCUCGUGGUUCAGUACAUCAGGGUCUCACGGUUAUGGUGCGGUUCCCAGCAGGUUCCCCCGCACAGGUUUAGAAUGUAAGACUUCCACAAAAUUAAAACAAUGGAAUAAUGUCUGGAAUUCAGUUGCUUUGAGGAUGUGGGGCCUCAUUUAUAAAACAUUGUGCAGAAAUGAUACUAAAGUACAAACAAAAGCCAAAAUUAGCAUCAAGAAAAAGUAUAUAUAAACCUUAUGAAACUAUUCAUACAGACACCUACAACCCCAAUUCCAAUGAAGUCGGG